AUGGACUCACACAAGCAACUACUUUCCCUCUUACGUCUUUCGCUAGCAUUUCUACUUCUUUCAGGAUUGCAUGCUGAGGCAAGGUUGCAACGUGACGACGCCCCGAAAAAGUUGUUUGUUUUUGGUGACUCGUAUGUUGAUACUGGAAACACGAGAAUAGAUCAAGCUGGGUCCUGGAAAAACCCUUACGGCAUAACUUUCCCCGGAAAACCUGCCGGAAGAUUCUCCGACGGUAGAGUUCUAACAGACUACAUUGCAAAGUUUUUGGGGCUCAAAUCGCCUGUUCCUUACAAAUUUAGGAAAUUCAUGCCACAAAAACUGAAAUAUGGGAUGAAUUUUGCAUAUGGUGGUACUGGUGUGUUUGACACAUCCUCCAACUACCCAAACAUGACAAUCCAAAUCGAUUUCUUCCAGCAGUUGAUCAAAGAAAAUGUGUACACCACUUCAGAUCUCAGCGAAUCGGUGGCCCUGAUGUCUGUCGCAGGAAAUGAUUACAAUUUCUAUUUGGCGACAAAUGGCUCUAUUGAGGGUUUUCCCUCGUUCAUCGCCUCAGUGGUUAAUCAAACAGCCACCAACUUGCUUCGCAUCCAAAGUCUGGGAGUGAAGAAAAUUGUUGUGGAUGGUCUACAGCCCCUUGGAUGUCUUCCUGGAACCACAGCCCCAUCUUCAUUUCAACAAUGUAACAGUACCUUCAACGACCUCUUGAACCAACAAACCAAGGUCCACUCCACCUUCAUAAUUCUUGACCUUUUCGAUAGUUUCAUGUCAGUGCUGAACCACCCAUCUACCAGUAACAUCAAGGACGAGCUCAGGCCUUGUUGCGUGGGGAUAAGUAGCCAAUAUUCUUGUGGCAGUGUAGAUGAAAACAGUGUUAAGAAAUACAAGGUCUGUGAUCAUCCCAAAUCUGCUUUCUUUUGGGAUACUUUUCAUCCAACGCAAGCUGGUUGGCAUGCCGUGUAUAACAAGUUGCAAACCACAAAUGCUCUUCAACAAAUCCUAUACUAA